AUCUGAGCACUGCGGCUCUAUCGGCAGCAACAUCUCUCUCAGUGAGGGACGUUUCUUAUUAAUCAGGACCACUGAAUGGAAACCAAUCAGAUAGACAGUCCCUUUGGCUUCAUCUCCCUGCCUGCCUGAGUUAAAAGCGAUACUGGGAGAGAGGCUGCCUUAGUUAGAUAUAAGCACACACAGCGCUGGAUAUAGUGCUAGACGGAAGGGAGGAAGCAGGUAGAGAAGCAGCGCUGGAUGGGCAGAGCCGGGCUCACGCUGCCAGACACGGUCCUAUUUCCAAAAGGAAUAUAACAUUUGAAAAUUUUGUCUGGUGAAUUAUUACAGAAGUGGAGUCUAAUAGCAUCUCUGUAAAUGAUGAGGGUUCAUUCCUUCUUGACAGUUUUGCUUUGGAGCUCUAUGCUUCAUGCUAUUCAUAUGAUGCUAUCACCAAAAAGGACUAACAAGCACUCACACAGUGAAAGGAUAACAAGACUGUCAGAGAAUGAUGGAAAAACACUGCAUCGUACCAAGCGUGGAUGGAUGUGGAAUCAAUUUUUCUUGCUGGAAGAGUACACAGGUCCAGAUACUCAAUACGUGGGUAAGCUACACACUGACCAAGAUAAAGGAGAUGGAAAUUUAAAAUACAUAUUAACAGGAGAUGGGGCUGGCAGUCUGUUCAUUAUAGAUGAAAAUACAGGAGAUAUUCAUGCUGCAAAGAAAUUGGACAGAGAAGAAAAGUCCCUGUAUGUGCUACGUGCCAAGGCUAUAGACAGAAAGUCUGGAAGACAAGUGGAGCCAGAGUCUGAAUUUAUCAUUAAAAUCCACGAUAUCAAUGACAAUGAACCAAAAUUCACCAAGGAUCUGUACGCCGCCAGUAUUCCGGAGAUGUCUGGAGUUGGUACAUCUGUUAUUCAAGUGACAGCCACAGAUGCUGAUGAUGCCAACUAUGGAAAUAGUGCCAAAGUGGUGUACAGUAUUCUUCAGGGACAGCCAUAUUUCUCAGUGGAUCCAGAAACAGGCAUAAUCAAAACUGCUCUACCGGACAUGAGCAGAGAAAACAGGGAACAGUAUCAAGUGGUCAUCCAAGCCAAAGACAUGGGAGGCCAGAUGGGAGGACUAUCAGGAACCACCACGGUGAACAUCACACUGACUGAUGUCAAUGACAAUCCACCUCGAUUUCCUCAGAGCACCUACCAGUUCAGCUCUCCUGAAUCUGCACCACCUGGGACUCCUCUUGGCAGAAUUAAAGCCAAUGACCCUGAUCUGGGUGAAAAUGCAGAGACUGAGUAUAGUAUUUCCAAUGGGGAUGGAUCAGACAUGUUUGAUAUCGUCACUGACAAGGAUACACAGGAAGGGAUUAUAACUGUCAAAAAGCAGCUGGAUUUUGAAAAGAAGAUAUUAUAUACCUUAAGAGUGGAAGCAACAAACACUCAUCUGGAUCCUCGUUUUCUUCAGCUGGGGCCAUUCAAAGACACAGCUCUGGUCAAAAUUUCUGUAGAAGACAUAGACGAACCUCCAGUGUUCAGCAGAUCCUCAUAUUUAAUAGAAGUAGAUGAAGAUGCCAAGGAAGGAAGCAUUAUUGGGCAGGUUGUGGCCCAGGAUCCAGAUAUAACAAAGAAUACAAUAAAGUAUUCUGUGGAUCGACACACUGACCUGGAUAGAAUAUUCAACAUCUAUUCAGGAAAUGGAUCUUUAUUCAUCUCAAAGCCACUUGACCGGGAAGAAACUCCCUGGCACAACAUCACUGUCAUAGCAACUGAAAUCAAUAAUCCUAAACAAAGUAGCCAGAUACCUGUCUUCAUCCGGAUUUUAGACAUAAAUGAUCAUGCACCAGAAUUUGCCAAAUACUAUGAAACAUUUGUCUGUGAAAAUGCAAAAGCAGGACAGUUGAUACAGACUGUGAGUGCAGUUGACAAAGAUGAACCUCCUCGAGGACACAAAUUUUUCUUUGAGUUGGUGCCAGAAUUUGCUGUUCAUCCAAACUUCUCCAUUAUAGACAACAAAGACAACACAGCAGGAAUUAUAACUAGAAGAAAUGGAUACAGCCGAAGUAAGACAAGUAUCUAUCACCUGCCAAUCAUAAUAUUUGACAAUGACUACCCGGUUCAGAGCAGCACUGGCACGCUGACCAUCCAAGUCUGUGCCUGUGAUAGCCGAGGGAACAUGCAGUCCUGCAACACAGAGGCCCUGCUCCUUCCUGCUGGCCUCAGCACAGGGGCACUGAUUGCCAUUCUCCUCUGCAUCAUCAUCCUGCUGGUGUUAGUUGUCUUGUUUGCAGCCCUCAAGAGACAAAGGAAGAAAGAACCCUUGAUCAUCUCAAAGGAUGAUGUUCGAGACAACAUUGUGACAUACAAUGAUGAAGGGGGUGGAGAAGAAGACACCCAGGCUUUUGACAUUGGUACAUUGAGAAAUCCAGAAGCAAGGGAGGAAAGUAAGAUGAGAAGAGAUGUCUUACCAGAAACUAUAUUUCAGAUAAGACGGACUGCACCGCUUUGGGAAAACAUUGAUGUUCAAGAUUUUAUUCAUCGAAGGCUAAAGGAAAAUGAUUCAGACCCAGCUGCCCCUCCUUAUGAUUCACUAGCAACGUAUGCUUAUGAAGGAAAUGAUUCCAUAGCAAAUUCACUCAGCAGCCUGGAAUCGCUCGCCACAGAUGGCAACCAAGAUUAUGAUUACCUUAGUGACUGGGGUCCUCGGUUUAAAAAAUUAGCAGAUAUGUAUGGUGGAGAGGAAAGUGACAGAGACUGAGGAAUUAAUCUGUAAGCUGGUCAAUGUUAGUGGAAUUCAUGUCUAUGUUACUAGAUAAAGUGGCUUACUCUCUCUUACUUGGGAUUUUUUUUUUUUUUUUUUUACAAAAGAUAGUUGUUGUCUUAGUAAGGGUUUGCUUAAUCAGUAAGUCAAUAUAAAUUAUUAUGAAUGAUUUAGAUAAAAAAUCUAUAAUUCACCCUUUCUGCCUAGAAAUUUCUGACAAAAGGUUUUCAUUUGCAAUGAAAACACAAUAAAAGGCUUUUUGUGCCUUUAAUAAUGACGUGGAUUUUUUUUUUUUUUUUUUAAUUCCUUUGCUUUACCUUUCCUAUUAGGUGGGACAUUGUGAGCCCACAGUGUAACAUAAUCUCCAAAGUAUAUUUAAAUUAUAAUAAUAUUACUGCCAUAUUUAUUGAGUUAAAGAAUGUCUCUGUGUUGAUUCAUCACAGUAUUUUUAUAUAUGUAUAUUUAUAUUUUUGUAUUUUUAUUAAAUAAAUUAGUAUUU